GAUGAUGAUAAAACUGAUGGCGACACGGCGGGUGUUAAUGCUCUUCCUUGUUCUGGCAGUCCUCAGACAAAAAGCUCAUGGGACUGAGAUUAUUAAUGGCAAAAAAGUGCCUGAUCGUAUGAUGCGUUAUGUGGCUUCGGUUCAGAACGACAGGGGUCAGCAUGUGUGUGGGGGAUUUCUCAUCAGCGAAGACUUUGUGGUUACGGCUGCACACUGUAAUAACAAUACCCCUACAAGUGUUGUACUUGGAACUCACAACCUCAAGAAAGUUGAUGAUGGCACAAUGAGAUAUAAUGUAACCCCGUGCAAGCACCCAGAUUUCAAAGAUGUUAAAACUGGCAAUGACAUCAUGCUUCUCAAACUGUCUAAGAAAGUGAAACUCAACAAAAAAGUGCAGUCGAUCCAAAUACCGAAGGGUGAGAUGAAAGUGAAAGAUGAAGCUAAGUGCCUCGUUGUUGGCUGGGGCUCCACAAGAUAUAGGGGUAAAACUUCCAAUGAGCUGGAAAUGGCUGAAGUGACCAUAACAAGUCUGAAGGAAUGUAAAACUACAUGGAAAUCUUUGAAGCUCGAUCUUCCAAGCAAUGUGAUUUGUGCAGGUGGAGAUAAUGCAAAAACAGGAUUCUGCAAGGGUGAUUCAGGAGGACCUUUAGUGUGUGGAGGGACAGCCGUAGGCAUCGUGUCUUUCAGCGGGGAGUGUAUCACAGAUAUCCCUAAUGUUUACACAGAUGUAUCAAAAUACGUGUCCUGGAUCAAAAAAAUUCGCAAGCGAAAACAAUGUUAAGUGGAGCACAUCAUGCACAUAUUUCUGGUACAGUUGCUGUAUCUCUCUGUGUUUGAUUUUUAAUGGGAGGAUGGAAGGCAAUAAAAUGUGUUUUAAAUCUUGUGAGUUUCUACUACUAAAGCAGAUAUGGAAAAUGUUAUAUAGACUCUUGGAAUGGAAUGAAUCUUUUGUAAAAACUUUAAAUUUGACAGAAAAAAUAGUAAACUGCUAACAGGCUAAAAAGCAAGUAUUCGUAUCACUGGCGUAAAGCACAUUCCACAAUAAAUAAGCCAAUGAAUAAUAGCAUCACGCAUAGCGUGUUUGUUGUUUUGACUUAAAAAAAUAAUAAAAUGAAACCGUUAAAAUG